UCUGUUUUCUUGUUCAUUUCACAAACCCUAGCUCAUCUCGGAUGCCAUGGCUAUCAUGGUAUCAGAGCUCUCAUAGAUCCAGGACCUGUGAUUCAUGCUUCCGCAUCCAUUAUCUUGGCGUGAGUACUUACUCUAUGUGAUUUCAGAUCUUGCUUCGUUAUUGCUGCGAUCUGAAGCUUUGUUCAUCUCCGAAGCUCAAAUCAAGUGGUGCGUUCCUUCUUUGCUUGAUCCAAAGCUUCUCUAGUGUUUGCUGAUCUUCUAAGGUGAAUUGCACUUGUCUAUGUUCCUCUAUACUGUGAUCUAUGUAUCUUGAGCUGCAUCUUUGAAUAAAUGAGCAAAACCUGAGCACUUUGUAAAACUUGAGCACUGUGUUUCGUUGAGCAAGAAACUUGUGUUAAUUAGCAUGAAAAUUGGAGAAUUAGGGCAAAAUUCGAACAAAUUGAGUUCUUGAUAGCAAAAUUGGAGCAAAUUGAUUUGGUAAUAAGGAAAUUGAGUGCUAGAUCUGAGCAAAGAGAGUGUAAAUUUGUGUUCACACUACAGUAGAUUGAAGAAGAUACUUGUAUCAAGUUGUUGAUUUCUAGAACUUGUUGAACAAAUUAUCAUAUUUGGUGCUCCCUGUAGAAGUGUAUUGUUGAAAUUUGCAGAAAAGAUAUUAAUGGCUCCUCGUGUUGUUGCUACUCCUGCUCUUACUCAUUCUGAUGUGCACUUUGAGUGUGAUCACUAUUCAUCUUGGAGAAAGAAACUUCAUCAAAUGGAGUUUUCAGUUUGAGUCCACUCUUGCUGGCAAUGGUCUCUUUGGUUAUUAUGAUGGUACUGAGGUGGCACCACCCCGUUAUGCACUUACAACUGAAGGCGAGGUUACUAGUGAAGAAACUGCAGCAUAUAAGGCUUGGAAGUAAACUGAUAUGGCCUUGUUGAGUCUGCUCAUGGCUACACUGAAUGAAGAUAUUGUGGAUGUGAUUGUUGGCUGCAAAACCUCUAGACAAGCAUGGCUUGCCCUUCAAGAACGGUUUUCUGCUGUAUCUAGAGUGAGCAUCAUGCAACUCAAAACUGAGUUACAAACCCUUCGAAAAGGUGGUGAAUCUAUUGAGAAGUACUUAUAGCGAGUGAAGAGUGCUCGUGAUCAACUUUUAUCUGCAGGAGUUACUAUCGCUGAUGAGGAUGUGAUCAUUGUUAUCUUGAAUGGACUACCUGAAGAAUAUUCCACAGUUAGGACUGUGAUUGAAGGAAGAGAGACACCUAUUACUCUUCGAGACUUGAGAUCUCAAUUACUCUCUGCAGAAAGGCGUAUUGAAGGAAGCUUUUCUCUUCACUCAAGCAUGAGUGCUAUGGUUGCCAGAGGAGAUGGUACAACGAAUGGAGAGAGAAAUGGUGAAAAUAGAGGAUGGAGUCUCAAAGAUGACAGUAAAGCUAAGGAUGGCAAACAAAGUGGUGGGAGUGUUAAAUGUCCAGUGUGUGGGAAGAGAGGCCAUACUGUAGACACAUGCUUUCGUGUUCACAAGUGCCAGAUUUGUGGCAAACAUGGACAUCUCACAAGUACUUGUUAUCAAAAUCCUGACUAUAAGGGCCAGCAAGUUCCCCAAAAUAGGCCAUCUAGCAAUGGACUAACACCUGAAUGUCAAAUCUGCUCCAAGAAAGGUCAUACUGCUGCCAACUGUUUCUACAGAACAGAUGUACCUGCUGGUCAUCCGUCCUUGUCCAUUCCCACUUGUCAAAUCUGUGGAUUAAAGGGACAUGUUGCUUUAAACUGUACUCAUAGAGCUAAUUUUGCCUAUCAAGGGUCUGAGCCACCUGCAUCUCUUACUGCUUUAACUGCUCAGUCUUCUGGAGGCUACAAUUGUGGUUUUCCACAACCUCAGGGUGGCUAUCAGGGUGAAUACCUUGUACCUAAUGGAGCAUCCAACUCAAGUUUCCCUGGUGGCUUUCAUCCAAGCAGUGGUGCAUCAACAUCUUCUUCUGGACACUCCAUGAAUCAGUCUGGUGCAUCUGCUUCAUCUCCUGCUCAUGUCAACAAUGAUGUGUGGAUAGGAGACUCUGGUGCUACACAUCACAUGACUUCUGAUCUUCGAAAUCUCACAAUUGCUCAGCCAUAUACAUCUAACAACAAAAUCACCAUUGGUAAUGGUACAGGACAAGGCAUCCAAAACUGUUCUCUACCAAGGAAAGAGCAGUGAGGAAGGUCUUUUUCUCUUCAAGACACCAUCUGUUGCUUCAAGACAUGAGUUGUCUCAUACUGCCUUUGUUAGCUCCUCCAUACCGUAUCCAGUUUGGCAUCAACGGUUAGGUCACCCUACUCAACCUGUAAUGUCCAAAA